GCGGCGACUUUGGGGAAAGUUGAUCGGAGAGGGGAGGAAGCCCCAAGACGCGGCGGAGCAGCGGCAGGAAGGAGCCCCCGGCAGCCCGGAGGAGCAUGGGCACCCUGCGAGAUUUACAGUACGCGCUCCAGGAGAAGAUCGAGGAGCUGAGGCAGAGGGAUGCCCUCAUCGAUGAGCUGGAGCUGGAGUUGGAUCAGAAGGACGAACUGAUCCAGAAGCUGCAGAACGAGCUGGAUAAGUACCGCUCGGUGAUCCGACCCGCCACCCAGCAGGCACAGAAGCAGAGCGCCAGCACCUUGCAAGGCGAGCCGCGCACCAAGCGCCAGGCGAUCUCCGCCGAGCCCACCGCCUUCGACAUCCAGGAUCUCAGCCAUGUGACCCUGCCUUUCUACCCCAAGAGCCCACAGUCCAAGGAUCUUAUAAAGGAGGCUAUCCUUGACAAUGACUUCAUGAAGAACUUAGAACUGUCCCAGAUCCAAGAGAUUGUGGAUUGUAUGUACCCGGUGGAAUAUGGCAAAGACAGUUGCAUCAUCAAGGAAGGAGAUGUGGGGUCACUGGUGUAUGUCAUGGAAGAUGGAAAGGUUGAAGUGACAAAAGAAGGUGUGAAGCUGUGCACUAUGGGGCCUGGGAAGGUGUUUGGAGAGCUGGCUAUCCUUUACAACUGUACCCGGACAGCCACCGUCAAGACUCUUGUAAAUGUGAAACUCUGGGCCAUUGACCGACAAUGUUUUCAAACAAUAAUGAUGAGGACAGGACUCAUCAAACAUACCGAGUAUAUGGAAUUUUUAAAAAGUGUUCCAACAUUCCAGAGCCUUCCUGAAGAGAUCCUCAGCAAGCUUGCUGAUGUCCUCGAAGAGACCCAUUAUGAAAAUGGAGAGUAUAUCAUCAGGCAAGGUGCAAGGGGGGACACCUUCUUCAUCAUCAGCAAAGGAACAGUUAAUGUCACCCGAGAAGACUCCCCAAGCGAAGACCCCAUCUUUCUUCGAACUUUAGGGAAAGGAGACUGGUUUGGAGAGAAAGCUUUGCAAGGGGAAGAUGUAAGAACAGCUAAUGUAAUUGCUGCAGAAGCUGUCACCUGCCUUGUGAUUGACAGAGACUCUUUCAAGCAUCUGAUUGGAGGGCUGGAUGAUGUUUCUAAUAAAGCUUAUGAGGAUGCAGAAGCUAAAGCAAAAUAUGAAGCUGAAGCUGCUUUCUUCGCCAACCUGAAGCUGUCAGAUUUCAACAUCAUUGACACCUUGGGAGUUGGAGGUUUUGGACGAGUAGAGCUGGUCCAGUUGAAAAGUGAAGAAUCCAAAACAUUUGCAAUGAAGAUUCUCAAGAAACGCCACAUCGUGGACACCAGACAGCAGGAACACAUCCGUUCGGAGAAGCAGAUCAUGCAGGGGGCCCAUUCUGAUUUCAUUGUCAGGCUGUACCGAACAUUUAAGGACAGCAAGUAUUUGUAUAUGCUGAUGGAAGCGUGCCUGGGUGGAGAGCUCUGGACCAUUCUCAGGGAUAGAGGUUCUUUUGAAGAUUCUACAACCAGAUUUUACACAGCUUGUGUGGUAGAAGCAUUUGCCUAUCUGCAUUCCAAAGGAAUCAUUUACAGGGACCUUAAGCCAGAAAAUCUCAUUCUAGAUCACCGAGGCUACGCCAAACUGGUUGACUUUGGCUUUGCAAAGAAAAUAGGAUUUGGAAAGAAAACAUGGACUUUCUGUGGAACUCCAGAAUAUGUAGCCCCAGAGAUCAUCCUCAACAAAGGUCAUGACAUUUCAGCUGACUACUGGUCACUGGGAAUUCUAAUGUAUGAACUUCUGACUGGCAGCCCACCUUUCUCAGGCCCAGAUCCUAUGAAAACCUAUAACAUCAUCCUGAGAGGGAUUGAUAUGAUAGAAUUUCCAAAGAAGAUUGCCAAAAAUGCUGCUAAUUUAAUUAAAAAACUAUGCAGGGACAACCCAUCUGAAAGAUUAGGAAAUUUGAAAAAUGGAGUAAAAGACAUUCAAAAGCACAAAUGGUUUGAAGGCUUUAAUUGGGAAGGCUUAAGGAAAGGUACUUUGACACCUCCCAUCAUACCAAGUGUGGCAUCACCCACAGACACAAGCAAUUUUGACAGUUUCCCUGAGGACAGCGACGAACCGCCCCCUGAUGACAACUCGGGCUGGGAUAUAGACUUCUAAUGCAUUUCUCUUACCUGCUUCUGCCUUGCUGAAGACAGCUUUUUCUGAGACACAGCUGCCAGCAAACACGAGGGAAAGAGAGAAGAUUAGUGCUCGGGGUCACCAUGAUGCCUUUGAUCGAUGCUGCUCCAGUAACUACAGUGGCAUUAGGACUUAUUGCUUAGAUGACAAUAGUGCUCUUUACAUGUUUUCUGUUUUGAAUCUAACAUAGCAGUUGACAUGGUGGUCCUGAAGCAAAGUCUUUCACCAGUAAAGAGAUGUUGUUUUUUUCUGUUGUUGCAAUGAUCUUGCUUUGCUCUGAUUAUAAUUUGAAAGACUGUAGGAGACACUUCAACUUAGUAGAGGAGUCUAUACCCUGCUAGAGUUAUCAAGAGGAUGAAAGAAUAAUAUAUUGAGUAGGGGAAAUGACUAGGGUACAGAUCCUGGGCUUAUUCCCUGUUUUCAAAUGAAGGUUGUGAAAUCUGUUACUGUGAGCCAGUAGGUAUACUGUACACAGAAGACCACAUAUCUGUGGGUCACAGCAUUCAUGUCAAACCAGUGCUAGAAGUUUCACAAUUUUAUUUCCCAGCAGUGCUGAUGACAAGACUGAAUGUUAUCUUUUCUUUCUGACAGAUUUUUUAAAAAUUGGUAUGAUAAAAGCACAACUGCUAUGGGAUUGCUGAGCCCUUUCUGUAGCAGGGUCAUGUGUGUUUUCCGAGGACUGAAAAAAAAUGCAUGGUAUUUGUUUGUUCCUUUUUGAUAAAUUGGCAUGACAGAAUGGGAGGAAAAAACAAUUCACAAAAUCAUUUCAUAUUUAAAUAUAUAUAUAUAUAUAUAUACAUAUAGUGCUUAAAGAGGGUCCUGGAAAUGAGUAGCAGCAAAUUGGUUUUUAUUUAUUACCUAACAUACCCUCAAACUGGGGCUUCAAAUAUUCCCUUUUAUAAAAAUGAACCCUUGGGGUAGGGGAGGGAUAGGGUGGAAGGCAUUAAGGUCCAUCCAAAAAAUAAAAAAUACAAAAAACUCUAUAGGUGCUAUGUAUAUCUUUCAUCUGUAAUGUCAAUGUCUGAACAGACAACAGAAAUUCUAAUCAUUACAUGUCUAGCCAGAGAUGCAAGCAUUUUCACUAAAUUUAUUAAAUCAAAUUUCUGUCAGAUUUCACUUAUACAACAUAGUCUGGGUCUGAGAGAGAAAGGUGAUAUAUAUCAUAUAUAUAAUAUAUGAUAUUUACAUAUGAUAUUAUAUAUAUGAUAUAUAUAUGAAUGAACUAGCUCCUUGUCUUAGGCCUGAACUAAAAGAAACAAACAUCAGAAAGGAAAAGAAAAUAAAUACAAAGUCAAAGAUAUGAAGAUUUUCUAGAACCAGGAACUUUGCUUAUGUGAGGUCACAGAACAUGACAAGAACCAGGUACUGAUUAUCUUUUGAUGAAGUAGUCAGAGUUUGUCAAAAUAGGAAGGGUUUAGAGAGGAAAACAGGAAAGGGAUUUCCUAAAAAUAAAAGCUAAAUAAGACAGAAAUAAUUGUAUUCCUGAAGUUUCUUGUUAGCUAGAAAAGCUUGGAUUUUUAAUAUCAAAUGUUUUCAUGUGAGAAAAAGAAUCAACAAAUUAAGUCUGGUGAUGCCUGGCCAUGUUACUAUGAUUAGUUGUCCUAUGUAGCAGAAGCUUCUUUCAGGCAGAUACAUUAUACUUACACAGACAUAUGUAUUACCAUCCAAGCUGUCAUCCUGGUGUAGAUAUUUGUGUUAAUUUGGCCUAAGAAGUAUAUAUUUGCUUUUUGGUCUAAGUAUGUUUUGCUUGUUUUUUGUCUAAGUAUAUGUUUGGUCAGUGUAGAAAAUUCUAUAAAGUAUGUCCAAUUAGAUUAUGAUGUCCCAGCCCAGAAAGCAAAUAUUAUGAGUUUUGGCUACAUUUUUCAUAUUCAAAAGUACUUUAGAAUAUAUUUUCAAAAUAUAAUAGGCCGAUGGCCUAUUAUACUAAAGGUAAAUAAUUAGAAACUAAUAAAAGCAUUAUAAUUAGAAAAAAUAAUUAAGACUUUGAUCUAAGUUAUUUAUUGUAUUAUUGGCAUUUUCCCGCCUUUUCAAGCAAUUUUUCAAAAUCAGUCUAUUCCCAGACAUCUGCUGAUCACUAUAGACUUAGAAUAUAAAGUAAAAAACAUCUACUUAAAAGCUAGCUAGGAUAGAUGUUAUUUCAGAAGUGUUGUUUCUUUUAACUGAGCUUUAAAAUAGAUUGUUUCAACUUUAGCAUCAAUGUCAGUGACUUUAUAAUUUAAACAUGCUAAAGGAUUGGUAGAAUUUAUUUUCCUUGUCAUUAGCAAAGUGAAUCUACUUCUACAAUU